CCCCCAAACCCCUACCCCUACCCCCCUACCUCACCCCCCCUCCAAACCCUCUCUUCUCUCUCGCAUGUAAUCCGCAUCCCAAUCCCAGACGAUUCUACCAUCCGUCACUCCUUUUGUUCUCUAGUCUUCUCCAGUCGGUCAAUUUAUUUUUAUUUAUUCAUAUUUUGUCAAAAAAAGAGAAAAGAAGACAACGCCCCACUGCACUAAAUUUGACUGCUGAUUCCGAGUUAUUUGUUGCCAUUGUUGUUGCACUUCACUGGGGUUGAUUAAUUGUUUUUGUCUGGAUGUUAAUUGCGGUUUCGUUGUUUUAUAAAUGCCAAUUCUAAUUCGAUUCGUCUCAUAAAAGGAACCUUUUCCCCCUUUGGUUUUGAGUUGGUAAUCUUUUUAAUUUUUUAGGUUUAGGGUUUAGGAUUGAUGUUGAUUUUGGUGAAUUCCUUUAUUUGAAGAAAUUCGUGGUGCUGAUUUUAGUUUUUGAGUCCUUUUCUAUUCAGUUCUGAGAAUUGGGUUCGAUUUUAGCUGAAUUUGUAGCCUAGGUUUUGGUUAAAUUCCUGAAAAUUUGUCUUUAUAGGAAUUGAAUUGGUGUAAAUUUCUGGAGAAAUGGUGAACAGCAGCAACAAUAACAAUAGUAGUAAUCUAGAGGAUGGGGAAAAGAAUCCAUCAACGAAUUCCAUCACUAAAGGUGGGGGUAGGGGUGGGGGUGGGGGUGGAGGUGUGACCCGGUCCUGGGGCACCACUCUUUCAGGCCAAUCGAUGUCGACUAGUGGUAGUGUGGGGUCUCCCUCCAGCCGCAAUGAGGUUGCCAUGGCGACUCCGGCCAGCGAUAAAACAUUUGUUAGGUCGUCGAACAAUCCUGAUAGCCAUGGGGAUGAAGCUGGUUCACAGGGUCCUGCUGGGAAAAAGAAGAGAGGUCAACGAGCUGUUGGAGGUGAUAAAAGUGGUCGAGGACUCCGUCAAUUUAGCAUGAAAGUUUGCGAGAAAGUGGAAAGCAAGGGGAGAACCACUUAUAAUGAGGUGGCAGAUGAACUGGUUGCUGAGUUUGCGGACCCCAGCAAUAAUCCGGCAACCCCCGAUCAGCAACAAUACGAUGAGAAAAACAUACGUCGAAGGGUAUACGAUGCUUUGAAUGUGCUAAUGGCAAUGGACAUAAUCUCUAAAGACAAAAAGGAAAUACAGUGGAAAGGUCUACCAAGGACUAGCCAGAAUGACAUCGAAGAACUAAAGACCGAGCGCCUUGGACUCCGAAGUAGAAUUGAAAAGAAAGCAGCAUAUCUUCAAGAACUCGAGGAGCAAUAUGUUGGCCUUCAAAACCUCAUGAGCCGCAACGAGAAACUAUACAGUUCAGGAAAUGUUCCAAGUGGUGGAGUGGCAUUGCCUUUUAUCCUUGUGCAGACUCGUCCUCACGCCACGGUGGAGGUGGAAAUAUCCGAAGAUAUGCAGCUUGUGCAUUUCGAUUUCAAUAGCACUCCUUUCGAACUACACGACGACAACUAUGUUCUCAAAGCAAUGAACAGCCGCGGGAAAACUCAAGUCAGCGACGAAUCAGCGCAAAAUAUUCCUACAAAUGGCGGCGAAGGCUCGAGCAUGUCAAAUGUUCAUCUCCCUCAAUUAUCUCGUCCUGUUCGGCCCAACACCUCAGGUAUGCUUCCGGCCUCACCCCCCCUUCCCGGGAUAAUAAAGGCGCGCAUUAAGAACGAGAAUUAGUUGGAAAUCUUGUCGAUUUAGUGUAGUCUUGUUCGCUCGCGGCUGUACAUUCUGUGAAAUAGGAAAUGGAACGCGGUUUGCCUGUUUUGCCGCGCUUCUAUAUGGACUUAAGAUAGACUUUAAUCGAAUCCGGUGUGAGUUCUUGUCGGCUCGGUUGGAUCGGAUCGGGUCGGGUAUUUAAAUUUUUAUUUAGGCGGGAGUGUAUUUUGGUCGUUUCUAUUCUGCAUUUAUAACAAGAAGUAGGUGUUUUGAAAUAAAGUUCUCGCACUAUUUAUGUUUU